AAUUGCGGUUUGUAGAGAACAUUUGAGGUUUAAGCUUUGAAGGGUGGAAAGAAAUGAUUACUGCAAAAAAAGCUACUUUUUCUCUGGUUUUAUUUUGAUAUUGUUUUGAAAUCACUGCUGUGAGAUCUUAUGGGGUAUGAGCAUUUCUAUUAGUUUUAUUAACUACAAUGCUUUCCGUCCCCUCCCCCCAGUUUAAUCCACGUUUCCUUGUUUGCAAGUUCAAGAUUUCUUAUGGGUUUCGAGGUUUCAGUUUGGUAGGCUCGAGAUCUGUUCUUUUUCCUCCCUUUACAAAUGCUGCUCUGUUCACAAUUUACUUGCCUUAUUAAGCAGGGCGCAAUGUUGCAUCUUUUUGGGCAGGUCGUAUCUGUGAAUGGGGGUUAGGCGCAAAUAGAAUUUCGGAAGUAUUGCAGAGUGGUUCAGGGUUCUAAAAUCAUUCAUCAAUCACAUAGCCACGGUUCAAAAGUAGAGGAAAGAAAUGUGGAAGGGAAACCAAUGAGCAGGAACUACCCUGUAGGGAGUCUGUACCAAGACUCCUGGAGUAUGUCCCAUAAAACCAUGCCAUCAGGACCAGGUAAGUGUGGAAGUAGUGGGGAGCUAAAGAGAGGUUCUAUAUAUAAAAACUCAAGGACAGUAGGGAAAAUGAAGAAAAUGGGCGAGUUUGAAGGAAGAAGAGAGAUUGGGUUGUCGUGUAGCAGUGACACAUCUUUGUCUUUCAGGAUUUUUGACUCUUUGUCUCAGUCACAUGAAUCCAACCCAUCUCUGCAGCAGAAGAGAUCAACACCAUUUAUGCCUUUAAUGACAGACCAGGAAGCAUCUAUUAGAAAGACCUACAAGCAGCCAGACCCUCAGGAUUCCCUUGAGCUGUCCUUCCGUUUUCCCUCUCCACAAGGUAAUGUUGCGUGUAAAGAUGUUUUUGAAGAUAGAUUCUUUGAGAUCUGUCUUGAUCCAGAGGAUGGAAAACAAUGUCCUGCUGAAACAAUAGAGAGGGGCUCAAUGAAGGAACUGAGUUUCAGAUGUAACCAAACUAUCGGCCCUCCAAGCAAUGGCAACGGCCACUUGGAAAGAGACACAGUCGGCACUUUUCAAAAAUCCUCAUCAGCAAAGGUGGGAAUGCCACAUUUACUUUGUCGAUCAGAAAGUAGUCCCUCUAAAUCCAGACCAAGAGGCUCAAUGGAGGAACUGAGUUUCAGAUGUAACCCAACUAUUGGUUCUCCAAGCAAUGGUAAUGGCCCCUUGGAAAGAGACACAAUCAGCACUUUUCAGAAGUCCUCAUCAGCAAAGGUGGGAAUGCCACAUUUACCUUGUCGAUUAGAAAGUAGUCCCUCUAAAGCCAGACCAAGAGGAUCAACGGAGGAACUGAGUUUCAGAUGUAACCCAACUAUUGGUCCUCCAAGCAUUAAUAGCCUCUUGGAAAGAGACAGAGCCAGCACUUUCAAAAAAUCAUCAUCAGCAAAGGUGGGAAUGGCACAUUUAUCUUGCCGAUUAGAAAGUAGUCACUCUAAAGCCAGCCCAAGAGGCUCAGUGGAGGAACUGAGCUUCAGAUUUAACCCAACUAGUGGUCCUCCAAGCAAUGGUAACGACCUCAUGGAAGGAGACACAGUCUGCACUUUUCAAAAGUCCUCAUCAGAAAAGGUGGGAAUGCCACAUUUACCUUGUCGAUUAGAAAGUAGUCACUCUGGAGCCAGCCCAAGAGGAUCAAUGAAGGAACUGAGUUUCAGAUGUAACCCAACUAUUGGUCCUCCAAGCAUUGGUAAUAGCCUCUUGGAAAGAGACAGAGACAGCACUUUUCAAAAAUCCUCAUCAGCAAAGGUGGGAAUGGCACAUUUACCUUGUCGAUUAGAAAGUAGUCCCUCUAAAGCCAGCCCAAGAGGCUCAGUGGAGGAACUGAGUUUCAGAUUUAACCCAACUAGUGGUCCUCCAAGCAAUGGUAAUGACCUUAUGGAAGGAGACACAGUCUGCACUUUUCAGAAGUCCUCAUCAACAAAGGUGGGAAUGCCACAUUUACCUUGUCGAUUAGAAAAUGGUCCCUCUAAAGCCACUCCAAAGGGCAGGUUCAGCCCUAUCAGAAGGAUGUUGGAUCCAAUCAUGAAGUCCAAAUCUCACCCAAGUCCUUCAGUUUCAAUGGCAGAACUUGGUAAUUUGACAACGGUAGAAUUUCCAAACAUGGGGAGGAACCAAACACUUUGCAAAUCAUUAUUGAACGAUCUCACAAAAACUGUUGUUAAGGAAGAAUCCAGUGCCCAGUUUGUCAAUAAGUAUCUGCGCAGUUCAGUUGUAUCAUCAUCACCCGCUCACCUCCAUGGCCUUCUUAAGUUAGAAUAUAAACAUGGGGCACCAUUCUUUGAGUUCUCACUGAGGAACUUUGAGGACGUCCUUAUGGCAAAGACUUGGAAAGCAAACAAUGCUUUUAAUUGGGUCUAUACUUUUCAUACUAUGAAUGGUAGAAAGAAGAAAAAUAGCAGUGGGUGGGGUUCAAGGGAGAGGCACAAAGAGGCCUCCAUGGUUGGCCAGAUGCGAGUUUCAUGUUAUUUAUGUUCAGAAAUUAGAAAUGCUGGAGCUUUUGAUAACUCAAUGGUGACAGAGUUUGUGUUGUACGACAUAGGGCAUGCAACUAAGAGCCUGGCUCCUGAAGAAAGUUCUACAUGUUCCCUAGACUCCAUCAAACCUCCCAAAAGUACUGGCAGUGGCAACUUAGUCAAGGGGCUGUCUGUAGAUCCAAAUGUUGUAUUUGAUCCAGCAAAGCAUAAGCUUGAAAAACAACCUGCUUCUGGUAGUGAUGGUUCUAAUGAUUCAACACCUUAUCCCUGGGCACCUGCGGAUUUGCAUCCAAACUCUGAAAUUGCAGCUAUUGUUAUUCAAGUUCCAUUUAAGAAAAAGGACAGCUUCAAAGACAAGCAAGGGGUUUCUGGUAAAGUGCAUUCAAACUUGUUUGAAUUUUCCAUGGUUGAACAGAGAAAUGAUGGCAAGCAAAACAGCAUGAAACCUGCAAAUGUGAAGGUGGUAACAGCAACUGGAAUACAUGGUUUGCCAAGUACUGAUAAUUGUGGUGGUCCUUCGCCAUUACUGGAUCGAUUGAGAUCUGGUGGACACUGUGAUUGUGGUGGCUGGGACAUGGCAUGCCCCCUUCUUGUUUUUGGUAAUCCCCCUGCUCAAAAUGUUCAAGAUCAUCAAUUUAUGGGUAGUCAACAGCAUUUGGAGCUCUUUGUUCAGGGAGCAAAAGAUAAGAUGCCAGCACUGACCAUAAUAGCCAUCAACGAAGGGCAAUAUUCGGUUGAUUUUCAUGCUCGACUUUCCACAUUACAAGCUUUCUCAAUUUGUGUUGCUAUCUUACAUAAUGCAGAAGUGUCCACUGCAGUUGGACAAGAGAGGAACAGGCAGAGGUUGCAUAGCAAUUCGCUCAAGGUGCUGCUUGAGGAAGAAGUGAGAUUCUUGAUUGAAGCAGUCACAGGAGAAGAGAAACGAAAGUUCACAAAGAGAAAGGAAGAAAUCCUACCAUCUUCCAUCCUGAACCCACCUUUUUCUCCUAUUGCACAAGUGUAGAUUGAAAUAGUAUUUUUUGAUACCUUUGACCCCAAUUUGCAGGAGAAUUCCAGAUCUAAUUAAGAGAUCUGCGUUAUCUAUUCUUACUGCAGAUGCCAGAAUUUUACUCCUUUGUAGGCAGUAAGAUCCAUUACAGAAUACAGAGUAAGAUCCAUUACAGAAUACAGAGUACAUCAUGCAAUUCUUUGUA